AUGGUUCAUGCAAAACGACCUCAUCUGAUCUUUCUGUCAGAAACCCUAGCACAGCAGAAACUGAUCGAUACGAUCACGGCUCGUAUUGGUUUUUCUGGAAAUAUUUGUGUUGAUAAGCAGCCUGACUGUCAGAGGCAUGCUAUACUAUGGAGUCCUGAUCUCGAUGUUGAUGUACGCACGUCGUCCUUCCAUCAUAUUGAUGUCGAUGUCUCUGAAAUAGGGGAACCUGUCUCUUGGCGUUUUACAGGAAUCUAUGGUUUCGCGGCUAGGGGUGAUCGAAAUCAAACUUGGACUUUGAUUGUAACCCUAGCUCGUGAAGUUUGCUCACUACCAUGGCUCAUGGCUGGAGACUUCAAUGAGGUUUGGUGUAGAGAAGAUAAAUCGAGGGGUAUACCACGCUCUGCCGCUGCUAUGGAUCUGUUUCAGAGAACUAUGGGGAAUGCGAGCCUAUUGGAGAUGGGUUUUUCUGUCGGGUCGUUAAGCUGCCGCCAUCGGAGUAUUGAUGUGCAAAAACAAAAGCCUGAGUUGAAGGAAGUCCAAGAGAAGUUGUUAGCCAUUAUGAAGGAGCCUUACUCCUCUGACCAGUUUGAAGAGCAGCGCAGGCUUCAUGUCAAGCAAAGACAGUUACUUGCUCUCCAAGAAAAAUAUUGGAGGCAGAGAUCUAGGCUAAAAGAGGGGGACCGAAAUUCGGCCUUUUUCCAUAGAAGGGCUUCAAAUAGAAGAAGUAAAAACACAAUCAAUGGUCUUUUGUCUCCAACAAGUGUAUGGCAUGAUCAUCCUGCAACACUCCAACAUAUGCUCUUUGAUUAUUAUUCACAGAUUUUCACCAGGGAGGCUAUGGAUGAUGAAGCUAUCUCUACAAUUUUCAGAGCGACACCAAUGAAAGUUACGACAACUAUGAAUGAAGAUCUGAAUUUGCCUUACUCUGACGAAGAGAACAAAGCUGCACUUUUUCAAAUGCAUCUAUCAAAAAGUCCGGGCCCGGAUGAUAUGUCUCCUUUCUUUUAUCAGAAAUAUUGGCAUAUUGUUGGGGUUGAUGUUUGUCUAGCUAUUAGAUAUUUCUUGAAGAAAGGGGAAAUAUGGGAGGAGUCGAAUUUUACUCAAAUCUGCUCGAUCCCAAAAAUUAAAAACCUAAUAGAAGCAGCGCAUUUUCGACCUAUAGCUCUCUGCAAUGUUAUUUACAGAAUUUGCUCCAAAGUGUUAGCCAACAGACUCAAAAGAUGGUUGCCUGACAUUGUCUCUCCCCUUCAAAGUGCCUAUGUUCCGGGGAGACUAAUUUCCGAUAAUACAUUGGUUGCUACUGAAGUGGCACACUUCAUGCAUAAGCUCAGGACUCAAAUUGAAAGUUUCUUCUCACUUAAGCUUGACAUCAGUAAGGCGUAUGAUCGCCUGGAGUGGCCUUACUUACAAGCUAUUCUGACUAAGUUGGGUUUAUUUCCCAGUUUGUCUGCAUUAAUCUCUCAGGCUAUGCAAUAUGGCAACCUUAAGGGACUUAAGAUGUGCCCACAAGCACCGGUUCUUCAUCACCUCUUCUUUGCUAAUGAUAGUCUUCUUUUUGGAGCGGCUACUAUGGAGGAACACAUGACUGUUAAAUGCAUUCUCAAUACUUAUGAAAUAGCUUUAGGACAGAAGACGAACCUUGCUUCGAUGUUAAAUGUAAAAUGUGUUGAUGAGCAUGAUCGCUACCUUGGACUGCCCUUGCGGGUUGGUAGGUCUAAAACAGAAAGGUUUCAGUAUCUUAAGGAGAAAGUCUCGAAAAAACUGGUACUACAUGGAGGAUUGGUGAUGGAACUCAAGUUAACAUUUGGAAGCAUCAAUGGGUGCUCAAUUGCCCAAGAAUCAUAUGGUGGAACUGGAGGAGUUUUAAGAGACUCAAAUGGAGCCUUUCAAGCUGCUUUCUCAAAGCCGGUGUUUCAUGUAAACUCAGCACCACAAGUUGAACUGUUGGCCAUCAAAGAAGGGCUGCAGUUCAUCAAGAAUUUGCAGAUUCAGAAUGCCAUAAUUGAAACAGAUUGUCUAGUGGCAGUUCAAGAGAUCACAGGUACUGCUUUGAAUCUCUCAGUAACGAGCAACAUUGUGCUUGAUAUUCAACAUGAAUUGGGUGCAUUGCCGGGUGUACUGAUCAAAUUUGCACCCAGGUCAUGUAAUAGGGUUGCACAUAAACUAGUUAAUCUUGCUUUUGAAAGUUUACGACAAGCAACAUGGCAGGGAGCUACUCCACCCUGUAUUGUUGACCUUGUUUCACAAGAUUGUAAUCCUAAUGGCUAA